UACAUCUGUGGGGACCCCAAUCAUUGGUGCAAAUCAUGUCCCCUUAAACAAGGAUGGCAGUCCGGUGGACCACAACCUCCACAGGGACCCCCUAGAGGCAGGGGAUACCAAGGUCCAACUGGGUCUGGGCGAGGUGGCCCAGCAAGGCAGAUGGCCGUCGCCAGGGGAAGAGACCCAUGGGACGGUUGGGUCAACCAGGAUUGACACACCCCACAGGAAGACCUGAACAGCACGGUUGCGGCGGAACCGAUGCUGCUCGUCCAGGUCGAACAGCAGAUUACACUGCACCAUUCCAUUUGGAUGUUUCUGGAACAGGGAAAGUUGUAAAUGGCGUCCUGUUCCAGAAAAAAGGGGGAGGUAGACAGGUAUUAAUGUACGCCAGAGUCAUGCUAGACAACAUGGAACAAAGACAUCCCACAUGCACACAAUAUGCAACCGGAUUGGCAAAACUGAUUCAAAAGACAGCUCACAUAGUGAUGGGACACGGCCUACAAGUACUGACAACACACGACGUAGUAGCAUACGUCAAUUCACAAGCAUUCACCCUCACAUCGCUGCGCCAGCAAAAACUAAGCAGAAUACUCGAUGCUCCAAACAUCACGUACACUCAUGAAGGCAUCAAUAUGGCAGACAGAAUAGGGACUGGAGAACCACACAGGUGUACAGAGAGGGUCUGGGUAGAGCUUAAACCUAGAACAGACCUGCAGGCGGAAGCCAUAGAAGGGGGAAGGAACUACUACACAGACGGGUGUUGUUAUAGAGAUGAAAAAGAGGGACUCAAAGCAGCAUACGCGGUAGUGGAGGAGCAGGAAGGAGGGUUUCAGGUGAGAGUAGCAGGGAGGCUGCAAGGACAACAAUCAGCACAAAGAGCAGAAAUUAGGGCGCUGAUCGAAGCUCUGAAAGCAGGGGAGGGAGACAUUGUAAAUAUUUAUACAGAUUCAGCAUAUGCAACAGGAGCCGUGCAUGUAGAACUAGGACAGUGGCUGAGAGCAGGGUUCCUGACAGCCACUAACAAACCAAUAAAGCAUGAAGAGGAGAUGAAAGAAUUAGCGGAAGCCUUAAUGUUACCAUCUCAGGUGGCGGUGAUCAAGUGCAAAGGCCAUGACACCAGUAGAAGCCAGGUAGCACGAGGAAAUGCAGCAGCAGACAGGGCUGCAAAGGAGGCCGCGGGAUAUACUGACAGGGCAAUGUUAGUAAGAACAGAAGACGAGGAAAGGUUAGACAUGAGCCUAGAAAAUGUCUCCAAGAUGCAGAGACAAGCCUCGCCACAAGAGAAAAUUAUGUGGGAAGCGAGGGGGGCAGUAGAGAAAGACGGGGUAUGGAGAAGCACUGACGGAAGGUUAAUUCUGCCCCCCGGUAUGAGGAGCACUGCUCCAGAGGAAGCCCAUAGGGUAGGUCAUGUAGGAGUAGCUCAGAUGAUGAGAAAUCUGAAACAUUGGUGGCACCCAUUUAUGAAGGAAAUGGCAAAAGAAAUGAUACAGACAUGCGAAGUGUGUAGCAGACACAACCCCAGAACCACCAUUAAACCAGAAGCAGGAAGGUACCCUCUGAUUACUCAGGCAGGUAAAGAGAUCGUUAUCGACUAUACAGACAUGAUUGAAGCGCACAAAGGCUAUCGGUAUGUACUCAUGUGUGUGGACGCUUAUACAGGUUGGCCAGAGGCAAUUCCCACAAAAAGAGAGGACAGCCAAUCAGUAGUGAAGUUCUUGAUCAAUCAAUACAUACCAAGACACGGGUUUCCCGAAAAGAUAAGAUCCGAUAAUGGGACCCACUUCAAAAACCAAGACCUACAAAAGGUAGAAAUACUGCUGGGCCUAAAACACGCUUUCGGUACGGUCUACCACCCCCAGUCUCAGGGAAAGGUAGAGCGAAUGAAUCAGACUGUAAAAACACGGUUGGCCAAAAUAUGUGAACAGACGAAACUCAACUGGGUUGAUGCCCUGCCACUAGCCUUAAUGUCCAUCAGAGCAUCAGUUAACCAGGAUACAGGACACACACCAUUUGAGCUACAGACCGGUAGGAUGUUUCCAGGUCCUGGGGAAAGAAUGAUAGGAGUAGCAGAAACUGAGAACAUGAUACCCGCCAGGACCUACUUUAAUUAUCUCCAAGCUUUGCUUUCAGAAUACUCCACCCAGGCCCUUCAGAGGGAUCGGGGCCAAGAGAGAGCAGAGGUGGUGCCCACAGCCGACUGGGUUCGUUUGAGAGUCAUCAAGCGGAAGUGGUCAGAGCCAAGGUGGACUGGCCCAUAUCGAGUCACAGAGAGAACAUCCCACGCGGUCCGCUUGCAAGGUAAAGGGGACACCUGGUUCCAUUGGAGCCAGUGCACAGCAGCAGAGGAGCCUAGGAGGUCGCAGAGACAGGUCCAGGGGGACCUGUUGAACCAGAGCUCAGGACCGGCUGGUCCUGAGACCGAGCUUUCCAAGAAAGGGGCAGAAUAAUCCCCUGGAAAGCUCAUUGGGGAUGUAGAGCAGUCUACCCCUAGGUCCCGAAGAGGAGAGAUCACGCACCCUCCAACCAACGACAGGAAGAAGAACUAUAUGCAACUCGUACCAAGACGAGUGAGAGAAAGAGCCCUAACCCUAAAGAACUAUCAGGCAGAGUUUAAAAGGGCUCCUUGAAGGGAGUCCCUUGGGGCUGAAAGAUUUGGAAGGUCCAUAUGGGGCAGAUGAGUGAUCUCUUUAGUAGAGAUCAAAAGGGGGAAUUGUGAGAGGUAAUGGGAAACACACAUUGUCAUAUUAAUCCCAAUGCUGAUUUAAACUUAUGUUAACCAAGUAUGUUUUAUAUGCCUUGUUCAAUUGAGAAGUGAUAUCAAAAGGUCAUGUCCUUUGCUUGCCACUGUCACUGUCAACAGGAUGAGUUAUGCAACAAUAAGUGGAAGUUAAAAGUUCACUGUUUUCUGAGUAUUGUGUCUGCAGACGCAUAAGCAAGAAAGUAGAAGUAUGUGGUUAGAUAUGUGGAUUAAGAGCAUAUAGAGAACUAGAUCAAACCAGACUGAGGGAGACAGAAAUAACCUUAAGCGUGGGUGGUGAAUUGGAGUAAAAAAAAUGAAGGAGGAAGACAGCUCCUUUUCUAAGAAAUGAUAGACAAAGAGCUAAUUGGGGUCCAAACAAUAGAUACACCCAAAAAGGGGGUGAAAACAAGGUAUAAAAUGCUCUGGCACGUAGACAAAAGCUCAGAACACAGGGCGCUUUGCCAAAUGCAGGUUUUUCUGUGAAGUGUUCUCCAAAGAUCUUCGAUAAAUAAAUUCAGCUGAUACAAAGACAUUACUCGACUGUGGUUUCGUUCUUCUCGCAUCAACCAACUCGGGGAGGUUGCCUGAAAGGCUUC